UUCUGGAUUUUUAGUGGAAUCGGCUUUAUUUUGGAACCAGGAGAAGAGCGGUCUGGAGCCUGAGCUGUGCUGAGCGGUAGAUUUAUCGAAAGCGAGCUGACUUGAGGCGAUGCGAGCUUUAUUACACAGACUAGUAAAGUAAUUUAACGUUAAAGACCCAGACCAGACCCAGAUAACUAACUUAGAUUAUUAGCGUUAUAUAUAUAUUAAACUACAGAGGCGGCGGAGAGCUAACGUUACAGGUUAUUACUGUUACUGUUAGUUAUAAAGAGGAGGAUGAUCAGGUUUUUAUUAACUGUUAUUGAGUGUGAGAAUCACGAGGCCAAGAAUAAACGUUAAAGUUGCCUACUGUAACUUUUUGUAUUUUUAUAUGUUAGUGAAUUUUAACGUGUAACGUAUUUUGGACAACAUUUAAACAGUCAGCUGUCGCUCGUUUAACGAUAAAAGUCUAAAAAUGAGGAAGACAAAGAAGUGUGCUGAACGACUGGUGGGCUCUGUCAACGACGUUUGUCAGCUCUGCAAUCGACGUGACAACUGUCCAGACAAAUAUGGAGAGAAGUUCACCCUUAAAAAGCACAACAUCACCGUCCAUUAUUUCUGCCUGCUGAUGUCCAGUGGAAUAUUCCAGAGAGGAAAAGAGCAUGAGGGUAUUCAUGGCUUUCUUGUAGAUGACAUAAAGCAGGAGAUUCGCAGAUCUUCCAGACUGAGGUGCGUUGCCUGUAAAAAGGUUGGUGCUUCGGUAGGAUGCUUUAUUAAAAGCUGCAGACAGAUGGUCCACAUGCCUUGUGGAGUUGAGCAGCAGUUUAUCUUCCAGUUCACUGACUCUUUCCCGUCUUUCUGUAAAAAGCACAGACCCACCCAGACCUGCUCUUCAGUCCCCACUCUGCCUGUCUGCUGCUCCAUCUGCUUGGAGCAUAUCGAGCCGGUUCUGUCCUACUCUGUGCUCAAGUGUCCUGCUUGUCAUGGAAGUUGGUUUCAUAGGAACUGUGUUCAGUAUCAGGCACACAGUGCUGCAAAGUUUUUCUUUAAAUGUACCCUCUGCAACAACAAGGACCAGUUCCAACAAGAAAUGCUCAGAAUGGGAAUACACAUACCAGAAAGAGAUGCAUCAUGGGAAUUGGAGGAUAAUGCUUAUGGGGAGCUGUUGGAAGUGUACCAGCAUUGUGAUGCUGUGAAAUGUUCCUGUGAAAAAGGGCGAGGUUACAGUGCAGAGACAGGGGUUUUUGAGAUUGUCAGAUGCAAAUUCUGUGGAUCCAGAGGAACCCACCGAAAAUGUUCCUCCCUCAAGAAUUAUGAGACCAGCUGGAGUUGUAUUGACUGCAAAGGUGCAGCUGAAGGAACAGUGUCCACGUUGCCAACCCAUGUCAAAUCACCCCUGGCAAAGAGGCAAGAAAAGAAGAGAUUAAUUAAAAGGUGUCUUUCAAGCCUCCACUCGUCACUCAUCUCCAAAAGGCGCUGUGUGGAUGCAGGUCCUGCAGAGAUUUUAAUGGAUCUUGCCACUCAGUUAAUUCCACAUCAGACCACAGAAGUGCUGCUAAAAAGCGACCAAGUACUUGAAGCUGCCCUGCAGGCUGUGCGGCAGAGUGACUUUAACCCCUGUCACAGACUGUCUGUCAGAUUCAUCAGAAGCAGAGAAAGUCAUAAGGUGGUGAACCAGCACCGGUUCCUCAGCCUCCUCCUGCAGGACCUACAGAACUCAUGUGUUUUUGAAGGUCCUGAGGGGUCUAAAAACUUGGCCCUGAAUUCACAAGCACUGAGGGAUGAUCUUUACUUUGAGAUUGGAAGUUUGCUUUCCCUCACUCUUGUUCAUGGAGCUUCUCCUGUGGCCUUCUUCUCUCCUGCACUCUACCACACCCUGUUCCAUUACCCACCUGAUUACAAACUCACCGUCCAAGACCUGGGAGACACCACCAUAACACCCAAAGUCACGAUGAUAGCAGAAUCCAGCUCGUUAUCAGAGCUGAAGAAAGCAAUGCGGGCUGCUUCUGAGUACUUACAAGUAGCAGGCUGCUGGCGGGAAGUCGAACAACUGGAUGAUAAAAACGCGCUGCUGGAGGACAUUCUGAACUUUUACCUGAUCGUAAGAAUGGAGAUGCCUCUUCAAAGAUUUCGUGAAGGCCUCAGGACAUUAGGGGUUUUCGAGCGCAUCCAGGCUUGUCCAGAGGGUUUUUACCCGCUUUUCUGUGACCCAGUGGAAAGGAUGACAGCUGAAGCCAUGUUUUCCCUUUUCACUUCGCAAUUUUCAGAGAAUGAGGAAAAGAAAGCAAGAGAAGAGACAACCCUGGGGUUUUGGAAGCAAUACCUGCAUGAAUGUGAAGAUGGACAGUGUGCAGCAUCUCUAGAGGACAUUCUUCUAUUUGCCACCGCUACAGAUGUGAUCCCCGCCAUCGGCUACAGCCCCGCACCCAUGUUCUCAUUCUUUACCCCCCUCGACCCCUCUUGUGCUUUUCCUCAAAGCCAGCCUGAAGCUAACCAUCUCAUUCUGCCUGUGCUGCCCUCCUACGAGCUGUUCAAAAAGCACCUGGAGUAUGCUGUAUGUGAGCUGUCUGUGAUGCAGGUCCUUUAAAACCUCUGAAGUCUCCAGAACUUUUGGGUCAGAGAUGAAAUGCAGACUGUAAUGGUGCUACUUGCUUACCUUUGGAAUAUAUAUCUCAUCUGCCACAGCAUCGUGGAUGUUGGACUAUCAGGAGUAUAUAGGCAUUUGUCCUAUAAAAUCUCAUGGUGGGAGAGCUACAGAAAAAAAAUACCAAAAAAUGAGCAGACUUUUGCAUUAUUUUCAGAACAGGUUAUGAAACUUACAUUUUACCUUUUUUUGUGCGAAAAAAUAAAGUGUGUAACUUUUUGAUUGUGAUAUUGGUGUGAUUUAAUGUGGUGUAAAUAAAACAGAAUGUUAGAGCUUUUGAGAUUCAGAAUACAUAUUUAUAUUUAAACCUCUUGCAUCCUCUGUAAACAUAAUGUUUCUCCAAUGUUACACUGUUUCUCUGUGUUCCUCUUUUCUUAGUUUUUGGUAAAAGGUGCUUUUUCAUGCUUUUGUUGGUCUUGCCUGUUUAUAUAGUCUUGCGCAAAAGAUUGGACUUGACAAGGGUGGAUUUUUGGAGCAUAAUUUGUUCCAAAUGAUGAAUAAUUUUCCUUAAGCUGAAGAUAUUUUUACACUAGCAUUGUACAUUAUGCAUUUUUAAGAUGUUUAAGUACAUUUUAUGUGAGUGCUUUUACAUACUUUUACAUAUAUAUGUAUACAUGGAACUGUACUGCAGGAAUUUUACUAAGCAUUUUCAUGAGUCAUAAAAUGAUACCUUUGUAACUUCAGUUUUCCAUUGUCAUGAAGAAUGAACCAGUAGAUAUCAUCCACACUUAUUUGUGUUAUACAUUGACUUCUAUUGAAAGUUUAGAUGUGUUUUUUUUUUUUUUUUUUUUUUGCUUAUAUUUACUAGUCUUUAAAUACUAGGUAUUGCAUGUCAGUGGAGAUAUGUAACGUUAUGCAUUAAAUGCAGUGCUCGUUUUCCCUCAGUUUAUGUUGUUUCUGUGAAAGCUUGAGAAAUAUUCUGAGAAUUUGUUGAUAUCCAUAAUCAUUUUUUUCUGAUUUGCAGGUCCGUCCUUCAGUCUUGAUCUUCUGAAAAGCAUGUAAUGAGAAACUGUUGCCCAUUAUUUAUUAAAUACUUCCUUUCUGA